CAUCUAUGUCGAAACCCCAUCCAAACUCUCCACCUGUUCCCCAAGUAACCCCUACUGUCUGUCUCUUAUCCACCAACUGAGAAAUACCCAAAAUCCAAUCGGAAAACUGCAAAACAUUGACGGCAAACCGGCCAGAUUGUCGGAACAGAUCUGAAAGCCGACUAAAUCGCAGGAAAAGGAGAUAAAAAAUCAUCGGACAUGAUUAGGCGAUUGCUCCGCGAGCCAUCUCUAGCUCAACCGCCCGAACCAGCAGUGGACUCGGACGUUGUGGUCGUUUUAGCCGCUCUUUUAUGCACCCUCAUAUGCGUCGUAGGGUUAGGGUUUAUGGCCCGCUGCGCAUGGCGUUGUCGAAGUCCGGGCGCCGAAGCCGGGAUCCGGCGGCCAGAAAAUUCGGCCAAGGGCUUGAAGAAGAAGGCCCUCCAGUCCCUGCCCCGCCACGUAUACGGCCAGGAUUCGGAGGCUGGAAAAUCAAGCGAUUGCGCGAUUUGUUUGACGGAGUUCGUGGACGGUGAUGACCUCCGGGUCCUUCCUGGUUGCGGGCAUGGGUUUCAUGUGAAGUGUAUCGACACGUGGCUUUCAUCCAGGUCGUCUUGCCCGUCCUGUAGGCUGAUCCUACGGCCAGGGACGGCCGGGAGAUGCCAGUUGUGCGGUGGAGCGACCGCAACGUCGUCUGCCGGUGUGGACGGCGGAGAUCCCGGGCUCAAGGCCGGAGAAGAUGAUGCCAAUAGGUUCUUGCCCUAGGAUACCCCUAUCAAACUUUGUAUUUCCUUUUGCCCUUUUUUUUUUAUUAUUUAUUCUCGAUUUUUUCCUUCUAUUUCCGCCUUGUGUAAUUCCUGUUUCCCUUUUUUUUUUUUUUCUUUUUCCUUUUUGUACAGUAUGAGAAAGCAUCAUAUUCAUUGUGAUAUUAAAUGCACUAAAUGCUGGGAGCCAAUUAUCGUUA